GCAUCUACUUGCUUGAAGUGUCAAAAUGAACGAAAUUGUCGUUUGAAGUGAAGUAAACAGUAUGGAUAUUUGCCAAUUGAGAAUUUCUUAAAAUAUGGUUAUAUUAUUAUAAUCAAACAGUGGAUUAACAGUGUUUAAUAAAACGGCCCAAUAAUGUGGCCAAUGCUUCUAAACAUGACGCACGACGAAUGUCGUCGAACGCUUCGCAGACUUGAAUUGGAAGCCUACUCGAAUAUGAUCAGUGUGUUUAGAGCACAAGGGGCUUUGGAAGACAACAGAAAAAAGUUGCUUGAGGAACUGCGCGCCGUUUUGCAUAUUAGCAGCGAUCGUCACAGCGCGGAGGCGCGACGCGUCUCUAAUGACGAGUUGUUGGCUACUAUUGCACAUCAGUUAACAGGUCCAAACACAGGAUUAGGAUGGAUCAGCGAAGGCAGAAGAAGAGUGCCCCUGAUGCCUCGCGGCAUUCCACAGACCGCCUACACAGAGAUUGCGGAUAGAGCAGCGGAAGCCAUCAAGGAGGAAAACAAAGAAAUCUUGAAGAAAUUAGAAGCUGAGAAGCUGGUGGCUCCUAAAUCUAGUGAAGAGGAGAUGCCGGACCCGGAGGGAGAAACGGCAGAGGGGGCACUGCAGACAAAUGACAUGAUGGAUGAGAUGCUAUACCCUCCUAUUGCCAUGGAAGAUCAAACUUCAAAACUUUGGGAGACUGAACUUGUCAACCGAAAAAGAAAAAUACCUGAGGGUGGUUCAAUACCAGAUGAUGCCACAACACCGGUGAAAAAUAUGAGGAACAUCCCAGCUAACACGAAUCAGAAACAUCUUAAUCUGUCACAGAUUUACUCAAAAUAUUCACAGCCUGCUACAAGUAAAUCAUCGGGGCAAUCAAAACACUCCUACAACCAAGUGAGCAAAGUGUCCACAAGUAAAUCAAGUCACCCACACCAACCGCGGGCCCACAAACACCGCGCGCACAAGCAGAAGGCUCCCGGCCAGCGCCAGCCCAAGAAGGCACAGGAGAUCCCCGGCUCCCCCGGCAAGCGUUACCCGCCCGACUAUGCUGGACCACCAGGCACUUUCCAGGCUACCUAUGCUCAGUCAGUACUCGGCGGCAAAACCAAGCCGGACUACAUGGAUGAACUCAAGCCCAAAGUGCUCUCCUCACCUGGCAUGCUCACGGACUCCCCGACUAUGGCGCUACUGACCCAGCCGGCUACAGUCCCGCACGAACUGGGCGUGUCCGACAGCCCCGACCCCGCCUCCCUCCAAGCCCAAACCCCGGUGUCCAAACACGGCGUGCCCAAACCUCACCAACUCCUACUAAAGGGCCGCCGGCCGGAGCCGCCGCCCGAUAAGAAACCACCAGAAAUGAAAAUCCUACAGAAACCAGAGGGAAUCAAAGUCCUCUCGAACCGUCAGGUGGUCGUCGCAGCGAGCUCUACUCAAAAGGCGAUUAAUCCGGCUGGAAAAAUCGUCACUACCAAGCUGAUAGGGCCCGUUACCAAACAGACGACGCCUGCACCCAUGUCUGAUAAGAUGAUCAUAGUAUCCAAACCUCCAGACCAUAAGAAUUUGAAUUCUAAGAUAAUCAUAACGUCGUCCGCUAUGCGCACCCCGAGUAAGGAUUCGGCACCGGUUGCGCCGCGUACGGAAACGUUUACGCCUAAAGGCAUCCCCGCCACCGACUUGAAAGUCUCCGCCAAAACCUUUGUCCUCAACCAAAAACCCGGUCAAAAGAUGGUCGUGUUACCCGCCAAGUCGCGAACGAAAGCGGGGUCGGAGGUCCAGCUGCCGCUCUUGCAUUUCAAAGGGAUUCCGACUGGUAUGAAGUUGGUCCCGGUCAGUUCCCAAUCGCUCACUCAAGCCACUAAAUCGCCUGCCGUCACUGUCGUGUCGAAACCAGCCAGUGCGGUCAGUACUCCAGCACCAGUCACCAAGGUAGUAGGCGCGGAGACCAUCAAAACCGCCAAUUUGGCCGACAUUGUCCCUGUGAAAGGACUCACCCCAGUGUCCACCACCAAAAUCUCUAACCCUAUCGUAAGACCCGCGAGCGCAAAAGGCAGCGUCAUCGUCGUUCAAAAAGGCGCGACGAUAGGUAAAGCUUUAUCGUUUACAAAAAACGGUAACGACAUGUCAAAAAUAAUCAUGGGUAAGAACGUGAACCAGCUGUUACAAGCCUCCAAGCCAGAGCAGGCGGAAGCGAGCAAGUGUCCGGGAAACGUGAUCGUUCUAGAGUUAAACAAUGAUCAAUCAGGCCGGACGACAACUAUGUCGGAGAUCUUAGACAGUCGAGGCAGCGCGGCUCGCCUUUCCGACGAAAACAAAAAAUCCCAGGCGAUAACUCAGGACACACCUGUUAUGUUCGAUUCCCAAAUGUCAGAGGACACGUGCAACGCGAGCAUAGAUUCUGCGUCGGAAAGUAUAGGCGACAUCGUACCUAUGGAAGAAUCAGGUUUGGCCAUUAUAAAAGAUGAAGACACCAAACCUAACUUUAACAAAGAUUCUGAAGGCGUGAAGGAUUCUUCGAGCGUUACCGACUGGGAGAUGGAACUCGACACGGUGUCGAGAAAAGGGAAGGAUGAGGAAGACAAACUGAACUCUCUACACCUGGACCUGGGCAUGUCUAGCGACAGUGACAGCGAGUACAUGGUCGACAACCGGAAGGCUAAGGCGAAGCACUCGCAAGAGACGAUACAACGGGCGACGCCCAGUGGGGAAAGGAGCGAAAUGUAUAGUUCUAGCGCGAUGUCAAAAGCAACUCGAACGUUACUCAGCCAGCUCCAAGACGAGGGUUCAUCGAGCAACGACUCGUCGUUCGCGCUCAAAUCUAAAAGCGCGGCGAAGAACCCAGCGGAGGCGGAUGCUCUCACCGUCGCCAAAGAAAAGUUGUCGGAGAAAGUCGCCGAAGCGCGGUCGCGCCACAAGCGCAUCGACGUAUUCAGCACCGCUAUCAGUACCAACGAUAUGAGUCUCGACGAGUUCCCGUAUCUAGAGGAAAGCAUCAUGGCCGACGACGAGCCGAGCCCGACCGACAACAAACAGUGAAACAGACACUUUUAAGACAUAUAAUGUGAUGUGAAGUGAUAGGCGAGGGGUAAACUUUGUAUGACGUUUUUUUUGUAAUUUAUUCUGUGAAAUCAUUGACAGUUUUGGCCGGUCUAUUUUGUGAGAAUGUAUUACUCGUCAAUUCCCUUGGAAUGAAGAGGCUAAGUAAUUCGAAAUGAUUCGAGUUCAAAUCUCAUUUCGAUAAUGUACAGCCUUUUAAAGGAAUGAGUUACGCACUUGUUCUUAUUACAUUUUGGAUUGUUUGAUAGCCCUUGCAUUUAACGGUAAUUUUUCAGAAAUAUAUCAACCGCUACUAUAUUUGAUAUACUCGUGUUGGUAUAUUUUUGGAGUGAACUAUAUACAUAAUUAUCUGUUAAUGUUUAUAGAUAAAAUAUAUA